AUGUGUCAGUUCAUCCCUGUAAAUUGUAACGAACACGAGGAUCACCCUCACUGUAAGGAGGUUUUUUUAAGAAAAGAAAUAGAAAAACAUCGUCAGGAGUGUACCUUUAAAAUGAUGGCGUGUCCGUUGAAAUGUCCCAAAAAGUUUUCUAAAAUGGAAGAGGUUAAGGAACACUGUGAGGAAGACUGUAUAAAUCGUAAGGUCACUUGCAACCGAUGUAAAGUGACGAUAUUAUGCUAUCAACUAGAUGAUCAUGACACGAUAUGUCUUGGAAAAAUAAUAAAAUGUCCACACAGAAAUAUUCUCGGAAGUUUUGGGGGCUGCACGGAAGAAUUCGAACGAAAACAAUUAUCUGAACAUUUAAAAACAUGUAAAUUUGAGCCAUUCAAAGAAGCAUUUCGUGGAAUAAAUAUGUACAUGAUGACAUUAGAGCGGAAAAUAGAAUUAAUACAGCAAGAAUAUAAGGAAGAAUUAAGUACACUAUCCACGCUGAGAUUAUGUGCUGCCGAUGUGAGGAGUACAGAACAGCUUCGAAAUAUUCUUAAAUAUAAUCCUGCUGUUCGAUCGCUUCAUCUGAUCGACUUUCAACCGGGACCACAUUGUCUAAUGUUGAUGGACGUGAUGAUGGCAAAUGAAACGGUUGAGAGUAUCAAUCUAAGAGGAAGUGAGAUUGAGAAAACGGGGGCUGUGUUACUUGGGAAAGCGUUAAAGAACAAUCAUACAGUGCAAACUUUAAUUCUCGCCGAUAACAGUAUUGGCGAUCAGGGUGUAGAAUAUUUGUCAAAAUCAUUAGAGUCAAACAAGACACUUCGAUAUUUGGAUUUGGCAGGAAAUAAUAUUGGAGAUAAAGGAAUGGAACGUUUCUGCCGAUUUUUGACAUCCAAUUUCACUAUAGAGCAGCUUGAUCUCUCUUGGAAUAAUAUUCGUAGUAAAAGUGUCGAAAAUCUAAUACCUGUGCUCGAACACAAACGAUGUAAUAUACGAAUUCUUGAGCUUGGCAACAACGAAAUUGGUUAUAAAGGUGCUGAAUCCAUUGCAAAGACCCUAGAAGUCAAUCAAUCUCUCAUUUCUCUUGAUUUAGACCACACUAAAAUUGGGACUAAGGGAUGCGAAGCGAUCGCUAAAGCUUUAGAAAAAAACAAUACUCUGCAGAAAUUGAUACUGGCCGAAAAUUACAUUGAAGAUCGAGGUGCCGAAGUGCUCGCCGAUGGAUUACUAUUAAAUUCCAGUAUAUCUAUUGUAGACCUUGAAGGGAAUAUGAUUGGUGAUGUAGGAGCUAAUAAUAUCGUUAAGGCAAUGGAUAAAUCUGCUGCUUUGGCAUUUGCUCAAAGUCGUGAAUUUGGAAAUAUGAUGCGAACAAUUUAUCUUCGACGAAAUCAAAUUAGUCGGAUUGGAUUACGGAAUGCCACAAAGUUUGUAAAGUAUGUUAGAGUUAUAAGUGAUCGCGGUGAGAAGUGA